AGCUGAUGGGCGGCGACCUCGUGUCGGCCGACACCUUGGCGGAGCUCUCCACUGACGGCAUUGACGCGCCUCUCCAAGAGAGCAUGCAGCGAGGCGAGUCUCUGCUCUACACGGCUGCCAAGUUGGGCAAUCUGGAUACCGUUGAUUUUCUUCUGAGUCAGGGUAGCGACGUCAACCAACGCACUGCUCAGAGCCAAGGGACGCCGUUGCACGUGGCUGCGCGAAAGGGGCACCUCGCCAUUGUCCAGCGCCUGCUUGAAUAUGGCGCCGACACGUCAUUGCGCGACAAGAAUGGCAACACGCCGCUCAGGAUUGCACUGGGUGGUGAGCAAGAAGUGAUCGACGCGCUCAACAAACACGACUCUCACGACGACUUGGUCAUGCACGAAACCGAGUUGGGUCGUGGUUCGUCUGGCAAAGUGUAUCGGGGCACGUUCAAAGGCCGCGACGUGGCCGUGAAGCAGUUCCACAAUGUGCUCGACCCGUCGGUGUGGAACGAGCUCGAGGUUCUCAUGCUGGGGCGGAUGGUGGGACCCGGCUCGGAGCACAUUGUGAAGCUGCUGCACGUCGACAUCGACAAGAACGAGGGGCGUGUCUCGUUGGUCCUCGAGCUCAUGCCAAUGAGUCUGCGCGAGCGCUUCGAGAAAGGUCCUCCUCUCUCGCCGCCAGAGGUGGAUCGCAUCGCGCUUGGCAUCAUCCGAGGAAUCGCCUGCUUGCACUCGAGGGGUGUCGUCUACGGCGACGUGAAGCCUGGAAACACUCUCCUCGACGACCAUUGUCGCGUCAAGCUCGUCGACUUUGGCAUUAGCUGGCUGCGAGGCGGUGCGGCGAAUGUGCAUGGGACUGCGCGCUACAUGGCGCCUGAGGUUUCGCUCCACGGGUCGUCUUUCGCCUCGGACGUCUAUGCGUUUGGCGUGCUUCUCGCCGAGCUCGAUUUCUACCGGGGCAGCUCGGCGGCGCCGACACACGACGACGGUCUGCGUCCCUCACUUCGUGACGAUUGCCCUCCAUGGUUUCAAGAGCUGGUCAUCAAGUGCACAGCGACGGAUCCGAGCGCCCGCCCGGCGGUGUCGAUGAUCAUGGACACUUUGAAGGAGAAGUCGCGCGACGGAAGCACAGUCGAGUAGUGCUUGUCAAGUUGUGUGUUGUCAAAAACGACUCUGUGUUCAUAUAUAUAUAUAAGCUCAAACGGC